AUCAAUAAAGAACUGUUCAGAGGUUUAACUUCACUUCAGCAUCUUUACCUUUCUGGGAAUAAAUUGGAUGGUAUUGUUGAGAACACCUUUUGCGAAUCGCCGAAGCUAGUGCUACUCGAACUAGAUGGAAACCCUCUUGAGAACAUUGAAGUCGGUUCGUUUAAUUGUCUGAACCAACUCGGAUAUUUGAAUCUGAACCAUACGAGUAUUGGACGAACUAAAGGAGCUUUGUUCAAAGAACUUCACCAACUGGUGGUGGUCUCCCUAAGCCAUAGCGGUCUUGAAAAAAUUGCUGAUGAUUCCUUUCAGAACAAAUCUAGAUUGACUCGGAUAGAUCUAAGUGACAAUGACAUUGAGUGGUUGAAUGCAAGCAUGUUCUAUGGAACGCCUCAGAUCGGGACACUUCGCUUACAGAAUAAUCAAAUAACAAAAUUGCCAGAGAACCUCUUUGCUGAUGUUGCCGGACCUCUGAACUUGUCGCUAAAAGGAAACCCCUUGGUUUGCGAUUGUCAACUGGAUUGGAUUUCAGGAUGGUUGUUGGAGAAUGGAGGAAAUCUUGACAAGUGUCUCUGUGAUCAACCCUCUGCUCUCCACGGUCUUCAUCUUGACAGUAUCCCCUACGACAGAUUCCACUGUAAACCAUACAUAAUCAUAGACAUUCCGCAGAUUUACAACGCAACACCAGGAGACAAGCGGUUCGAACUAGUCUGUCCUGUUGGUGGUAAACCGCCCCCUACGAUCACAUGGACGAUCCCAAGUGGCGAAAAGAUAUCCAAGAACACCGUCCAUGAGUACGAAAAUGGCUUAUAUCGCGUUCGUGGAAACGACACCCUCGUCAUCAGGGAAAUAACAUCAGCAGUCGAGGGGUGGUUUACAUGCGAGGCAACGAACAUUCUUGGACAUAUAUCUGUCGAUCUUGAGGUAAAGGUCGUCCACGUACCCAGUAAUUGGAUGGUAGCUUUCCUUGCGGUGAUGAUCGUGUUGUUUAUUGGAUGUGCUUUGUGUCUUGUUGUUACAUUCCUGAAACCAUGUCGACGUCGAAGGCGCAGAAGGGAACUCAUAAGGACACCAGCUCGAAGGGUUGACCCUCGGUACGGUCCACUCAGUCCCAUAGCUGAAGGAAAUGAAACCGAUGAAUUAUGAUGAAUUAUAUCGUCAACUGUGAUGAACUGAACUAUGACAGACCAUGACGCACUGUAAGAAUUGUUGAUCCGUGAUCGUACAUUAUGUAACGUGUGCAAAAUGAUGUUAAAGACUGAAGGGUAACGUAAGAAUGGAAAAUGAGAAAGACAUGAAAUGCGAUAUACCAGUAAUAUAAACAUUCAUGCUGGAAAAUGUAGGUUGCAACAUGAACGGGAUAUUGUUGUUACUUACAAAAUUUUGACUUUUUGCACUUAUUAAUUGUGCUUACGCAUAAUACAACAGGCCUAUGUAUAUUAUGCAUCCUUUUAGAACUAAACAAGUAGAGCGCAUCUGGCCAUUACGCGAUUCAAUAAAGCAGCAGUGCUGACUUUCAAAAUGAGUAUGAAAAAAAUAUUCACAACAAACACCAUCCACAUAAUGUGCUACUACGUUCAUUGACCCUAAAUGACAUUUGACCUUAAUCAAGUACCUACGACCUGUGCAAGAUGAACAAUGAUACUGGAUUACCCCUUUGUCAACAUUUCAUUAUUCAUCAUAUCUAUACAAUUUCAAGUUAUGAUGGCAAUUCAACAUUUACCUACAACGUCGCCAAAGCUUAUUGUCCUUAAAUGACUUUUGACCUUGGUCAUGUGACCUGAAACUCGCACAGGAUGUUCAGUGAUACUUGAUUGCUCUUAUGUACAAGUUUUAUGAACUAAAUUCCAUAAAUGUUGAAAGUAUUCAACAAAUACCCCC